UUUUCCGCUCCAUUUUUUUUCAAGUCGAUUUUAUUUAGAGGCGGCUCCAGGGCGGCCGCGGAGAAACGUGACACACCAGCCCGCUCCGAGGGGUUUCGGACCGAAGGGAAGCAGCAGCGUCGCGUCGUCCGCCUCCUAGCGCUCCGCGGGCACUUCUCCCCGGCUCUCCCCGAACUCUCCCGCGACCUCUGCGCGCCCUCAGGCCGCCUUCCCCGCCCUGGGCUCCGGACAACUUCAGGGGUGGGGUGCAAAGAAAGUUUGCGGCUCCUGCCGCCGGCCUCCCCGCCUCUAGGCCUAGGAGGCUCGCCGCCUGCGCACACUGGUUUGGCCUUGCCCGGGACCGCGUCCUGCCCCGAGACCGCCACCAUGAACAAGCUUUAUAUCGGCAACCUCAACGAGAGCGUGACCCCCGCGGACUUGGAGAAAGUAUUUGCGGAGCACAAGAUAUCCUACAGCGGCCAGUUCUUGGUCAAAUCCGGCUACGCCUUCGUGGACUGCCCCGACGAGCACUGGGCGAUGAAGGCCAUCGAAACUUUCUCCGGGAAAGUAGAAUUACAAGGAAAACGCCUAGAGAUUGAACAUUCGGUCCCUAAAAAACAAAGGAGUCGGAAAAUUCAGAUCCGAAAUAUUCCACCCCAGCUCCGAUGGGAGGUCCUGGACAGCCUACUGGCUCAGUAUGGUACAGUAGAGAGCUGCGAGCAAGUGAACACCGAGAGUGAGACGGCAGUGGUGAAUGUCACCUACUCCAACCGGGAGCAGACCAGGCAAGCCAUCAUGAAACUGAAUGGCCACCAGUUGGAGAACCAUGCCCUGAAGGUCUCCUACAUUCCUGAUGAGCAGAUAGCACAGGGUCCUGAGAACGGGCGCCGAGGAGGCUUUGGCUCCCGGGGUCAGCCCCGCCAGGGCUCACCUGUGGCAGCAGGGGCCCAAGCCAAACAGCAGCAGGUGGAUAUUCCCCUUCGGCUCCUGGUGCCCACCCAGUAUGUGGGUGCCAUCAUUGGCAAGGAAGGGGCCACCAUCCGCAACAUCACAAAACAGACUCAGUCCAAGAUAGACGUGCAUAGGAAGGAGAACGCAGGGGCAGCUGAAAAAGCCAUCAGCGUCCACUCAACCCCCGAGGGCUGCUCCUCUGCCUGUAAGAUGAUCUUGGAGAUAAUGCAUAAAGAAGCAAAGGACACCAAAACGGCUGACGAGGUCCCUCUGAAGAUCCUGGCCCACAAUAACUUUGUGGGGCGUCUCAUUGGCAAGGAAGGGCGUAACCUGAAGAAGGUGGAGCAGGACACAGAGACGAAAAUCACCAUCUCCUCGUUGCAGGACCUCACCCUCUACAACCCUGAGAGGACCAUCACCGUGAAGGGUGCCAUCGAGAACUGCUGCAGGGCUGAGCAGGAAAUCAUGAAGAAAGUUCGGGAGGCCUACGAGAAUGAUGUGGCCGCCAUGAGUCUGCAGUCUCACCUGAUCCCUGGCCUGAACCUAGCUGCAGUAGGGCUUUUCCCAGCCUCAUCCAGUGCAGUCCCGCCACCUCCCAGCAGCGUUACUGGAGCAGCUCCCUACAGCUCCUUCAUGCAGGCUCCCGAGCAGGAGAUGGUGCAGGUGUUCAUUCCUGCCCAGGCGGUGGGCGCCAUCAUCGGCAAGAAGGGGCAGCACAUCAAACAGCUGUCCCGGUUCGCCAGCGCCUCCAUCAAGAUUGCACCACCUGAAACCCCCGACUCCAAAGUUCGUAUGGUUAUCAUCACUGGACCGCCAGAAGCCCAAUUCAAGGCUCAGGGAAGAAUCUAUGGCAAACUCAAGGAGGAGAACUUCUUUGGUCCCAAGGAGGAAGUAAAGCUGGAGACCCAUAUACGGGUGCCAGCGUCAGCAGCUGGCCGGGUCAUCGGCAAAGGUGGCAAAACGGUGAACGAGUUGCAGAAUUUAACAGCUGCUGAGGUGGUAGUGCCAAGAGACCAGACCCCUGAUGAGAACGACCAGGUCAUCGUGAAAAUCAUCGGACAUUUCUAUGCCAGCCAGAUGGCUCAGCGAAAGAUCCGAGACAUCCUGGCCCAGGUCAAGCAGCAGCACCAGAAGGGACAGAGUAACCAGGCCCAGGCACGGAGGAAGUGACCAGCCCCAUCCCAUCCCAUCGUGUCCAGGACAAUGGGCAGCAAUGGAGAGCGCACUCUCCCCGGCAGGCCUGAGAAUGAGUGGGAAUCCGGGACACCGGGGCUGGGCUGUAGAUCAGGUUUGCCCACUUGCUUGAGAAAGAUGUUCAGUGAGGAACCCUGAUCUCCGCGCCCCAAACACCCAACCAGUUGGCCCAACACUGCCUACCCCUCGGGGUGUCACCAUUGAAAUUCUAGCUCAGGGUGCUUUUAAACGUGGAUUGUUUAGGGAAGUUC